AUGAGGCUACCACUCCGAAUAAGGCCCUCAGGCCUAACGCGCAACCUCCUCUCCCACCCAUCGCCGUCUCCCUACACAAUCACGACCCCAUGUCGCGCACCCCGCACCCGAACCUACGCUACAUCCGAGCGUCUGCCCAAGAUCGCAGAUAGCUCUGUCUGGACAGCGAUGGUACCACGGUUUAUCCGGAACCGCAAGUCGCGCAAGCCCGGCGAAUCGAAGGAGUGGAACCCUGCUACGUUUUACAUUGUGAUGUUUACGUUGAUCGGGUCGCAGGCGAUUCGACUGUUGACGCUGAAGAAUGGGUAUGCGGCGUACCGACGGUCUGCGGAUGCCAAGAUUGAGUUGUUGAAGGAGGUUAUUGAGAGGGUGCAAAAGGGGGAGGAGGUUGAUGUGGAGAAGUUGUUGGGGACCGGGGAUGAGGGGAAGGAGUUGGAGUGGGAGGAUGUUCUACGGCAGAUUGAGCAGGAGGAUGCCCAGUGGCAUUCGCAACAAAAGGCUGCGAAGGAACAGGAGAAGGUUACGCCGGAGCCGGAAAAGAAGGACUCGAAUGUCUCUGAUACGGCGGGUGAUAAUGAGACUACGAAGAAGACGCAGUCGACACGCAAGGUGAACUUCUUCUAG